AUGAUGUCGACAAUGAUUGUGCCCAAGCAACCAGAUAACGCCAUAUCGGCGCUUUCCUUCAGUGUCAACGACGGCUUCGCCCGAUAUUCCCAGCUCUGUAACCUCACUCUGGGCUACAAUGCUGCCGUUUUGGUGCCCGACCUUCAGUGUAAGCACUCGUGGCCUCAGCAUACGCCGCAUGUGGUAGUGACCACCAGCCUGUUCAUCUCGGGCUUCUUCGUUGCUACGGCUACACCUCGAUCGUGA